UCAAGUCAAGUCACCUUUAUUUAUAUAGCGCUUUUUACAAUGUAGAUUGUGUCAAAGCAGCUUUACAUUGAUAACUGGUACAUUAUUUGGCUGCACAGCAGCUCUUAAAAGAAUAGUGUCAAUGCAGGCAGAUCAAAGCACUGUUGAAUAUCAAAUGUCAAGUGUCCCCAACUAAGCAAGCCAAAGGCGACAGCGGCAAGGAACCCAAACUCCAUCAGGUGACAUCAGGUGGCAGACAAGUGGCAAAUAGGUGUUUAAAUGGAGAAAAAAACCUUGGGAGAAACCAGGCUUAGAUAAGGAUUACAGACUCUUCUGCAUAUGCUGCAUGUGUUUUGCUUUAUGAAGCGGCUUAUAGAUUGAGGUUCUGUUUGGCUUUGAGGCAAAUGAAGGGCCUGGAGGUAGUUGACGCUGCACUGCAAACUGCUUUUGUACUCAUAGCCUUGAAGCCCAUUCAGAGGCUUAUCAGAAUCUCAAAAUCUAAAGUUUACACACAAUGUGCAUGGGAUGAAAUUUAAUAUGAGCUAGCUCAAUUUUAUUUGUUUUUCUGUACUUUGACGUAGUAUAUUCAAAGAGCUCCUAGCCUUUAAAAAGCCGACUGAUGCUUGUUCAUGUAGACUACAUAAGGUGACAGCUGAAGUUUUGGGAGAAUUCAUUCAAAUUAGCUUGCAAAGGGUCUGAAAUGGUUCUUCAACACAGGAUCUCAUUGUUGUUCCUCAUCUUUUCAUGUCCGAUUGUGUUGACAGAUUCAUGUAACAGUCGAUGUCUGGCAAAUAUACUAAUUGCUAAAAAAAUGAAGAGUGCACCACAGGCUAAUAACUGUACUGUCAAUGUAACCAUCACUUCGAUGCAAUAUGAGACACUGUCUUUUGAUACGAAAAACAUGCAAAUGAGCAGCCGUGUCAAGGUAAACAUGAUGUGGACUGAUCAAGAACUAGAGUGGAAUGACACAAUAUCUAAUGCUAAAGCCGUUAUGUUACCGGUUGACAAAAUCUGGACUCCUGAGUUAGUUUUGGACAAUGCGAUAGAUGUAACCGUGAAGCCGUACACUAAUGAUGUACAGGUGACGAGGAAUGGAACUGUGGACUAUGCUGUGAUCUUGUUCAUAGCAGUGAGCUGUAAUGAUAUCAACCUUUUCAGCUACCCCUUUGUGAAAGGAAAAUGUUCUGUGGCCAUCAAUGGAUGGAACCAAAGCUUUUGUGAGCUUAAUCUCACCCAACCUACUAACAUAUCUAAUGUUGGAGGCAUUCAAGGAGAGUGGGAGACUGUGAGCGUGACAGUAGAACAAGAUGAAACAUUUCAAAACCGCAGAUAUCUCUCGGUCUCUUUAUCCAUCAGUCCUUUCAGUGCUGUUGUGACCCUGAUCCUGCCCAGUAUUCUAAUAAUGCUGGCUGACCUGGUGACCUUUGCUCUGCCAGUUCAAGGAGGAGAACGCAACAACCUUAAGGUCACCUUGGUCCUGAGCUUCACCAUGUUCCUCCUCAUCCUCAAUGAUCACCUGUCCAGUGGUGGACGAUGUAGCCCUAUCCUGCAUUAUCACUUCUGCUUCUGUCUGGUCAAUCUGGUGCUGAGCAUGGUGAUGUCUAUUGUGUUGACACAUCUGACAUUAGAUGAAAGAUUCCUGCCUUGUAAAUGCUCAAAGAACCUCAAACCCCCCCCCAAAACCGCCAGUCUGGGUCAGGAUGAAGCAGAUGCUGGUGUGAUUGCAAUAACGAGGUCUAGUGAUCUGCCUUCAGAGGUGGCUUCCCUCCAAAAAAUAGUGAACUUUUUGGAAAACAUUGACCAAAAAGAGCAAGUGGCAAACAGCAACGUGGCCUUUGUAGAUCGCUUGGACAAAAUCUGUUUCUGUUUUUUUUUAUUCAUUGACAUCAUUUAUAUCAUCAUUGUUGUCGUUGUCACCAGAACAGAUUUGUGCAAAGAAAAAAAGAAGGUUUUCUGGGAUACGGAAGAUGAUAAUAAUUAUUAUUAUAUUGGUGGUGCUUUAUAUUUUUUCAAUGGCACAGAAUAUGAAAAUUAUUAAAUAAUUAUUAAAGAACAUAUUAUGAUUUGAUUUUUGCACAACUCUCAUAGGUGAUUUUGAUCUACAACAUUUCUGUGUGUAAUGUCAAUGAAACAGAAUUUGAUUUUAUAUUGUCUUUAAACCUUUGUGCAUUUUUUAGUUUUUUAAUAAUAUACUGUAUUGUACAUAUUCAUUUACACAUUUGAGGAAUUUCAUUAACCGUGUCAUUAAUAAAGGCUAUAACUAGGAGAUUUACUUUUAUUGUUUUUAUGUUGGACAUUAAAAAUCCAUAUGUCGUCAUAUGUUAAUAAGGGAUUUGGGGUAGAAGGCUCCUAGUAGUGUGUUGUUGCUGGAGCCUUUAUUAAUAUUAUUAUUAUUAUUAUUAUUAUUUAAGUGUUAAAUUAAAUUUUUGCAUGCAUUUCAAACCUUUCCAUUUUUCAUCAUCAUAACGUUUUAGGCCAGUUGAGUUGACUUUUAUUUAUUUAGCAUAUGGUGUAAAAUGAAAUGUAAAAGAAUUGUAUGAAACAUUAUGUGACCACAUAAAAUUCAACUAGGAAAUAGGUUGCUUGAAUCAGGAAGUCAAAAGCCUAAAGUAUACUGCUUUUUUUACAUGUACGCGAGGGUCAGCGUAAGUGCGUGUGUCGUGAAUUUCGUCAUCAGAAGAGUACGUGCACCGCCGGAUUUUUGUAACCGUGCGUAUUUGUAUGCACAGGUCGCACAUGCGGAUUUAAUUUUUAUGCAGUAAUUAGUUUAUCUACAAGGUGACAACCAUGCCCUGGGGGCAUCGAUUCACAAGGUAGUCUAAGAAAAACUGCAUCAACAGAACAGACCGGAACACAUGCAAGCUACAGCGACGAUGGAGGCCAACAUAGAUGAGAGAUUGUGCAAAGAGGUUAGAAAGUACCCUCAUUUGUACAACUCUAGCAUGAAAGAAUACAAAGAUGUUUAUAUGGGUUGUAACUCAUGGUGAGAGAUUGCUCAAAACUGCUAAUGCGUCGAAUGCCUGUGCGUGUUGUUGUACGAAUCAAAGUGUAAAAAAACGUAAUAAUGCUCUGUUGAUUGGUAAAUGCCCACUAGGGGGAGUUAUUGUAUUAUGUGGGGAAUAGGUAUGUAUGUAAGAGGAAGGGAAAACAGUGUUUUGGCAUGCAAUGCUUAAAUAAAGAGACAUGUGCGUUACCUGGAUGUGGUCUCUCUCGAUUUAUGUGACUACUACACAACAACAGUGAGUGUUGACUUACUGCAAUUGAUCCACUGCUAGCUGCAACGAGUUAUUAAGUCAGGUUUGCAUGGCAACUGUUAAACCGCACUGUAUUCAGUCACAAAGGGACAACCCAGUCCAGGUACAGAGCAAAACACAACUAUAAACAGGAAUUACGCAAGGAUUUCCCUCACCACUAGGUGCCUUUUAACCAUUUAGCAGCAUUAUUCAUGAACAUUUGACGAUUAAUACUACUGCCAAGCCAGCCACAUGACAAGAGUCUUUGACAUUGCUCUGCUACUGGUAUAAAAGAAUCAUUUGUGACACAUACACAUACACACAUACACACAUACACACACACACACACACACACACACACACACACACACACAUAUAUAUGUUGGUCCAUGAUAAGAUUACCUGUUUAGGUAUUUGUUUUUAUACUUUACUUAGACUUGAAUUUUACUCCUAUAUACACCAAAGAUUUUAUAUUAUAUAGCAAGACUUGCUCCGUUUGCCUUUUUGUUUUGUGAUCAAUUCAUCUAUUUUCCAAACCGCUUGUCCUAUGUAUGAUGUUUUGUUAUAUUAUUUAAAAUGAUUUAUUCUGGCAAUGGCUUUUAAAAGAAGCCAGUAUGAAUACAGUCUGUUACAAUACUCACACCUUGGAAUAUAAUAAACAUAUUUAAAUGUAUCCAAAUGUUUGUUUCUGUGUGGGUUAAUAGCAAAAUGUACCGUGUGCUAUUUACUCUAAGCUAUUCCAAGAGUAAACACAACUAAAGCCAAGCAUACUUAGAAUAUUUAAUUAUACACUGCAUUUUUUUUUUAAUUACAAGUAUAUUCCAAAGAGACUUUUUAAGUAUACAUAUGCAUCAUUUUGUUAGUAUAUGCGUACCAUAAAAAGUAGACUGAAAGUAUAUGCUCUCAUUUUUGUUUAAAGAGUUAUUCUAAAAGCACACUUAAAUGAACUUCUUUUUUGGGAAGACAUGACAAAAAGUACUGAAAAUGUCCACAAUCAUUAAAAAGCUCCUAACAAACUCCUAUUUUUUUUUUUUUUUUUUUUUAAGUUUCUCUUUCUCUUCGUUUCUGCAUUUUCACCUCUGCUCUACUCAUCUAAUGUCCCUCAUCUGUAAGCUGCUUUGGAUAAAAGAGUCUGCUAAAUGAAUACAGUCAUGUGAAAAAGAAAGUACACCCUUUUGAUUUCUAUGGUUUUAUGUAUCUGUCAGUGUUCUGCCCUGGCGGCCUUGUCUGUGUUGUCUUUGUUCCAUGUCUCUACGUUUGUGUUGUGUGUCUGCACAUGGCUUUGUCUUUGUGUUUACCAUGUGCUCCUCUUGUCCUGCCUCCUUGUUUGCUGUCACCACACCCCCUUGUUUAAUCCUGUCUAGUCCUCGUUUCACUAAUUGUGCUCACCUGAACCUUGUGUGCUCUGGUCCCUUUAUAUUGUGCUUCCUUCCCUCAUGUCUUUGCUGGUUUGUUGCGUUCAUUGCGUGUGUGCGUGCGUGCGUGCGUGCGUGCGUGCGUGCGUGCGUACGUGCCUCUUAGAUCUUGUCAGUCAGUGAUAUUUAGCUUUCCUUGUCUGAUUAUUUUCCUUCUCAAUAAAUUCUAGUUUUAGUUCUAAUUUCUAUUUUGUUCUAGUUCUCCAAAGCUUCAUUUUUUGGUUUAUCUUUUGUUUUUGAUUUGGUCAACUAAUACUUUGUUUAUUUUAGUUUCCUGCAAGGGUGUUCUCUUGCUUUAUUUUGUGUUUGCUAGUUUCAGUCAUUUACUUUUAUAAUUUUUAUUUUAUUUCUUUUGUUUCUCUAGUCUUAGUUCUCUGCUUCAGAAUUUGUUGCCUCUUGUUUUAUUUUAUUAACUCUCUCUUGUGCCUUGCCUGUUUGUCUUGUGUCUUGUCUAUUGAGUCUUGUGUCUGUUCCUGCCCUCCUCUGCCCUGUGUUCUGAGUUUGCCUGGCCACUGUUUUUGACUGCCUGGCAGCCAAGACUGGAACUACUUGAGAGAUCAGUAUCAAGUCUCGAGUUCUUCGUAUUCCUGACUGGUUCUUCCCACCUUCAUCCCACCUGGUGCUGCUUCCCAAGCUGUCCUCAAGUCUGUUGUCACCUUAGACUGAUUCUCAGUGGUCAUCCUCCCUGCCUGUCAUCGUGUUGCCUGCCCUGCCCUGCUGUUUGACUGUUUCACACCCUAAUCUCCCUGUUGUGCCCUGUCUUUAGUAUUGGUAAUAAAAUCCCUUUACUGCUCACUCUGCACCUGGGUCCUCACUCCUGCAAAAACCUGACAGUAUCAGGACAUAAUAAAAAAUAAUCUGGCAGGUCUUAAAAUUAGGUAAAUACAACCUCAGAUGAACAACAUGACAUAUCACACCGUGCCAUGGUUUAUUUAACAAAAACUAGGCCAAAACGGAGGAGCUAUGUGUGAAAAAUUAAGUACACCCUUACUGCUUCAAUAGGAAUUAAGAGGGUAAGUAGCAGUCAUCAGCAAGUUUUGGCAGUUUGAGCAUCUGGAGACUUCAGAUGUGUGUUAACACAAUACCAAGGAGGAAAGACAUCAGCAAUAAUCUUAGACAAGCAAUUGUUGCUGCCAUCUAUCUGGGAAGGGUAUUAUUCUACAGUAAGGAAGAUUAUUCAUAAGUGGAAAACAUUCAAGACAGUUGCCAAUCUUCCCAUGUGUGGACAUCCCAGCAAAUUCACCCAAGAUCAGACCAUAUAAUGCUUAGAGAAAUUGCAAAACACCCAAGAACUACACCUCAGACCCUACAGGCCUCUGUUAACAUGUCAAAUGUUAAAGUUCAAGACAGUACAAUUAGAAAAAGACAGGUCAAGUAUGGCAUGUUUGGAAGGGUUGCCAGGAGGAAGCUUCUUCCCUCUAAAAAGAACAUUGUCGCAAGGCUUACUUUGAGAAGUUGCAUCUGAACAAACCACAAGACUUCUGUAACAAAGUCCUUUGGACAGAUAAGACCAAAGUGGAGAUGUUUGGCCAUAGAACACCAAACAUAUCAGCACAAACACCUCAUACCAACUGUCCAUCAUGCUGGUGGGGGUGGGAUGAUUUGGGCUUGUUUUGUAGCCACAUGACCUGGGCAUCUCACAGUCAUUGAGUUGACCAUGAACUCCGCUGUAUACCAAAGUAUUAUAGAGUCAAAUGUGAGGCGAUCUGUUCAACAGCUCAAGCUUGGCCGAUAUUAGGCCAUGCAACAGGACGAUCCUAAGAACACCAGCAAAUCUACAACAGAAUGGCUGGAAAAGAAAAUAAUCAAGUUGUUUCAAUGGUCCACUCAAAGUCCAGACCUCGACCAGGCUGAAAUUCUGUGGCAGGACCUUCAGAGACUGUGCAUAAACAAAUGCCCACAAACCUCAAAGAAAUAAAACAACGUUGUAAAGAAGAAUGGGCCAAAAUUCCUCAACAAUGAAGUGAAAGACUGAUACUGUCAUACA